AUGAGUUUCUUCCAAGAAGCCUAUCAGGUCUCGAUUGGACAGGGGACAUUUAGCGCGGUUACGGGAAACCAGAGAAAUACCACCUACAAUGACUGUACUAUUGUCGAGCGGCAGAAGAAGAAACGUACGAUAUACGAUGAGUUCCCUGACAUCCAACGCGGAUUUGUCCGCAGACUCAAGGACGUUGAUCACCGAGAUACAUUCACGCGGUGGAAUUCCACAUUACAAGAAUGCGAAAUAGAGUUUAGGGUCGAAAGAACAAUCAGCACCGCAAAAGUCCAUGGCGACAGUUCAUGUUUUACGGUGGUGUCGUAUAAAGGGCAGGAUGCACAAAAGGCGGGUGAUAACUACCUUUUCAACUAG